AAAUGUAUAUAACAUCCAUAUUAAUCAUUUUACUUAACAUACAAUAUCAUAUCACAAAUUCAAUUAAUAUAACGGAAUCGACUAAUAAAAUCAAAUCUAUACUUCAAGACUACAAAACUAACAGAUGCACUCGAUGUACAAGCAAAGCUGAUACAUUUGUGAAGAAAUCAUUAAAGUUUGUUAAAGAAAAUGAAGGUUUGGGUGAUUUUUUGAAAAGUUUUAAUGUGAGUCAGUGCGGGAUGAAAGAAAGUGCCAACUAUGUGGCAAGUCAUGUAUUAGAUGGACUGAUUAUACACGAUGGCUUGCCAGACUGGCAUUGGGGCGAAUAUAAGUCAGUCCACAAUAAGGUUUACUCGUCGCUCCAGCAUGAGUUUGACGCGUUAUCGAAGUGGCGUGAAAACCUCCGAAGAGUGGCCCAACACAACCGCGACUACCUCAUCGGGAAACAGUCAUACUCACUCAAUCUCAACCGGUUUGGUGAUCUGGACGUCGAGGAGUACUUCAGUAAGUUUCUGAAGCUGUUCCCUACGUUUCCGCUAUUCGAUCCCGCUGAAGACCAUCACAGGACCGCUUACCGCAGGAGUUUGAAACACAGUAUUCCUAAAAAGUUUGACUGGCGUUCCAAAGGCUUCCGCCCUCGUCUCGAAGAGCAGCAUGACUGCGGCGCCUGCUAUGCCUUCGCUGUCGCCCACGCGAUGCAGGCGCAGCUUUACAAGAAGCAUGGCUAUUGGGGCGAAUUGAGUCCCCAACAGAUAGUGGACUGCAGUUACAAGGAUGGCAACGCGGGCUGUGACGGUGGAUCACUCCGAGCUGCUCUCCGGUACGCCGCUAGAGAUGGACUUCUCACUGAGUCGCAGUAUCCUUAUGUUGGCAAGAGAGGUAGAUGCAAAUACGACAUGUACCGCGUGCGGGCCCGCGCGCGCCGCUGGGCGACACUCCCGGCGGGCGACGAGGCGGCUAUCGAACGAACCCUGGCCACUAUCGGACCUCUAGCUGUAGCUGUUAACGCUGCACCCUUCACAUUUCAGUUAUACAGGAACGGUGUAUACGACGAUCUGUUCUGCACUCCCUGGCAGAUGAACCACGCCAUGUUGCUGGUGGGCUACACGCCGGAGUACUGGGUUCUGCUCAACUGGUGGGGCAAGAACUGGGGCGAAGACGGAUAUAUCAGGAUAAGGAGAGGGCUAAACCGAUGCGGAGUGACAAACAUGGCGACUUACGUAGAGUUGUAAAUAAACGUCUUGUAUUGACAUUUUCUUUGCCUUUUUAUUAAAAAAAAAAUGGUUAAAUAUAAUAAUAUGUUACCAUGUAAAAACUGCUUUGUCGGUUGUUUUUCGCAUCUUGGACGAGAUAUACCAGCAACGUACCGUCAUAAGCUGAAUUGAUUGCCUGUUUUACACUUAAACACAAUACUUCGAGUGCACGGAUAGCAAAGUGGCCACAUUGGACAAGCAUUUGUGAGUUCCACACAAGCUUGUUCUGAGUCUGAGAAUCUUUGUGCAGGUGAGUUAAAUUUUUGUGAAUUCCACCGCGGUAUAAGGACUAAAUUCUCAAGGGAGGAAUUCGUUUUAAAAUUAUGUAACUGGGUUAAUUAACACCCUAUCUUACUAAACAAACAACACGUAAAACCAAAUUCACAUUUACACCUUAGAACAUUACCUAAUUAAAUUAAAAGAAAAUAAAUAACAACAAAAUAGGGAAAUAAGUUAUUUUGAGACUACCACGCAGAGAACGCGGCUAAUUCAAGUGGUCGCUGUGGAGUUAAAUUCUUAAUUCAUUUAUACCAGUUUUCUCUAUUCGCCGGCAAUGGAUGGCGAACUAUUUGCCGCGUUCGUUUGAGCUUGGCUUGUGGUAUAAGGGAUGGGCUGUAGCAAGGAUGUAUGAAAAUACAACCCCUGAAUUUGUUUCGAUAUUUCUUCUCAUGGUAUUACGAUAGGAAAUCUUGAAAUGAGAGCUAAGUUCAAUACUGUUAUAUGUGCUUCAGUCUGUUGACUUCAACGUCAAAAUAAGUGAGAUCUAAAUGGGUUCCAAGAUCAAUGAUCAUCCAUGAAAGUCGAGAAGAAUUUAUAAUAACAUCAUUUCUUCUAAUAACAAUGUCUGACAUGGCUAGUUCUCAUAUCAUGAUUUUUAUUUUCUUACAUGUUUUUAUCCUCAACCUAUUCUCCUAGUUAGGUACCACGCGGACGCAGUAGCGGGCAACUGCAUUACUCUACUUACUAACAUGUCCUACUACUAUUAUAAAGGCGAAAGUUUGUAAGUAUGGAUGUAUGGAUG